GGUUCGCCCUGUCGGUAUCUCCGAAUCUGCCAGAGAAAUCUCUCGAUGCCGAGUCGAGUGGGGGGUGUGUGGUUUUCGAACGUUUCUUUGAAACAGUUGCAUAGUUGGAAUCCAACGAAUCGAUUCUACUAUGAAUCUAUAUUGAUCGAGUCGACUUCGGUACUCUUUCUACCUUUUCCUGACUGCCUACCGCGCUACAGGAAUAUGUGAGUGAUCGACAAAUAUGAAAGUGUAAGGAAAAGUGAACGUGCGUACGAUCGCGAUGCCUUGAAUGUUCUAUGCGAGAAAAACCUUCCUACUCUGAACUGUAAACCGCGUACAGAUCUUCGCUGUCGUCGAAUCGAAGUAGCGUGCGUUCGGGAUGUUGUCGGAGGUCGACGUAUUUAUAAGUAAUUACACGCUCGUCGAUCCUGAGAUCUAUCAACUUUGGGUCGACGGUCAUUCCUCAAGCGACGCAGUCAACAUUCUGCACCAGCGGGGUAUAUGUCAUCAAACGAAUGCCCCGAUCGAAUUAGUUGCCUCCGACAUUUUGGAUCAUUAUCGAACUUACGCUCUUUUGGAGAAACUGCUUCAUACCCCUACAAAGUUAGCGAGCGAACAGCUCGCUUUCCAGAUAGAACCUCAAACUAGUCAGAUGCUUAUUGAAAUGUACUACGAGUUCGACGAUAUUGUUAUUAGAGAAUUAUUAGGUAAAAAAUUGACUUCGAAAAGUAGAAAAGAUAUGGACGAGGUAUCGGAGAAAACCGGCAUCACGUUGAAAAGUUGCCGUAGGCAGUACGACAACGUCAAGAGGGUAUUCAAAGUCGUCGAAGAUUUGCCAGGUUCCUUAGCAGUGAAUAUCGAGCAACAUUUUUUACUUUCCGAAGACCUUGCCAAGCGAUACGCGGCUGUGGUGUUCAUCGCGUGUCUUCGAUUCGAGAUGAACAAGAGGAAACUACAAUUUCUAACAUUUCCGGAUUUAUAUCAUUGCGCGAACAGUAUGAUGUGCCUAUGGACGUAUCGUUGCGUUGGUUCCGAAUACUUUGAUACAGAUUUGGACAGAGAGUUUUUACUAGAACUAGCAGAAUGCAGAGUACUCUUGGAGAACGAUAAGCAUCACAAACAUUUAGUGUGUAUUAAACUUAAACCUAUACUUCUGGAACGUUCCUAUCAAGAAGUAGAUGGCAAUUUUCGUUCGUAUUCUAGAGCUAUAUUAGGAAUAGGAUGUAAUCUUCAUCGUUCUAGAGAUUUAAGGUUCUUUUUCUUAGAAUUGGUAGAGAGGUGUGUAGAACCUUGGCGUCAAGUCAAUUGGAGUCACACGGAUCUUAGAAAUUUCUUAACGGUUUACACUCAGUGCGCGCUAGAUAUGGAUGUACUGAGAGACGGCGAAUUGAGAGAUGCUUUCGAACGCUACAUGACUGUGGUAACAUGCUGUUUAUUACGCAUGUAUCAUACGUGACUAUCAGUGGAAGAUGAUGAUACCAUGCAAAAAAUAAACGUGAUUAGCAGUGGCAGUAGUCAAAUUGUUACCAAUGAAAGGGUAUAAACGGACUUGAUGUAUAUUACAAUUUAUUACGUUUCAGUAAUAAAUAAUUGAUAAACAAAUGCAACGAUUAUACGUUCAUUUAGUAUAUAUACCGGUAAUUUACAAGUUUUUCAUUUCACUAACGUAUCGUCGAUUAUGUUCAGCGAAUUGUUUUUAUAACAAUUUAUUAAAUUAAUUUGAUAUUCGAAGGUUGGAACAGCAAGAAUUGAUUUCGUUUACCAAUAAAGAGGUUGAAAUUGAUUAUUAAAUUACUUGAACACUAUUGUGGUAU